AUGGCCUCAAUUGCACCAAUCUUGUCUUGGCAUGUUGCUAUAACGGCCUUGUUCGCCUUUCUUGCGACUGCUCCAGCGUCUGCACAGGACGAUUACACGUGCUCUGCGACAAAGGGUUGCAAGAUAGGCUGUUGUGGACCGCUGGACUCCUCCGGGAAGGGAGUAUGCGGCCUGGGGCCCGACUUCUGUGGCAAGGGUUGCACCUCGACCUGUGGCUACAAGAGCGAGUGCGAUCCCGGAUGGGGAAUGCAGUGGUCCAACGCUUCAGCAUGCCCGCUCAAGGUAUGCUGCAGCAAGUUUGGGUUCUGCGGCACCACGGCGGAUUUCUGUGGCGGUUCGACCGUCACCUCGCCUUCCUGUAGCGCGAGUGCCGGCAGCUCCAACGGCCGCACUAUCGGGUAUUACGAGGGUUGGAACUGGCAGCGGCCCUGCGGAACCAUGGCCCCCGAGGACGUUCCCUUGGGCUACUACACACACAUUAACUUUGCCUUCUCUCUCAUUGACCCGGCCACGUAUCGGCUGGCCCCCAUGGACAGUAACACAGGGAAGCUCUACAAGCGUGUAUCGGCCCUUAAGCAGCGCGAUCCCAGUCUGAAAGUGUGGCUCGCCGUCGGCGGAUGGGCCAUGAAUGAUCCAGGCCCGACUCGCGACGUCUUUUCCCACCUGGCUGGUUCUCAGUCUGCCCAGGACGAGUUUCUUGAGUCCCUCGCAACGUUCUUGAGCUCUAACGGCUUCGACGGAGUGGAUAUUGACUGGGAGUAUCCGGUAGCUGAUGAUCGCGGCGGGGUCAAGGCCGACUUCAGCAACUACGUUUCGUUUCUGAGAAACAUCCGCAGUCGUCUCAACCAGAUGGGGGUUCCCAUGGGCCUUUCUAUCACCCUACGUUGCUUUGGCCACGUGGAACAGCCGGCGUCGUACUGGUACCUCCAAAGAUUUGAUAUUGUCGAAAUGGAGCCAUAUGUGGACUGGUUCAACAUCAUGACAUAUGAUAUUCAUGGCGUUUGGGACAGCACAGUGAAGUCCAUUGGUUCUUUCGCAUACGCCCACACCAACCUAACCGAGAUCAACUCGGGUCUCGAACUGCUCUGGCGAAAUAGCAUCAACCCCGGGCGGGUAAACCUGGGUCUCGGCUUCUAUGGCCGCAGCUUCACGAUGGCUGACCCAUCCUGCCUGUCUGCUGGAUGUCCUUUCGUGAAAGGCACUGGUGCGAACGCCGGUGAGUGUACCGGCACCCCCGGUGUGCUUUCUGCCGCCGAGAUCAACAAGAUCAUCAAGACCAAAACCGUCACGACGACAAAAGACACAGUAGCGGCAGUGAUGAUAGCAACUUGGGACUCGAAUCAAUGGGUGUCAUAUGACAAUGCCGACACUCUGAAAACCAAGGUCGACUUUGCCAACUCGAGGUGUCUUGGAGGAACCAUGAUCUGGGCCAUCGAUCUGGAUGACGGCACCUUGAUCAACGCCCUGGGGAAAAGCCUAGGCCGCCCCAGGAGACCAGAACUCCCUGAUCCGCCCGCCAGAUCGAACUGCUUCGGUGGCUCCGACUGCCCGUCUUGUAAUACUACUAGCACAAAUGAGUUGUGA